AAAUGGGAAACCAGACAUUCUCAAUCAUUUGGCUUGUUUGCUGUAUGAUUUUAUUAACCACAUACAUUCAAGGAACUGUUGCAGUGGGGUGUACCACAAAUGACGUCACAACAUGUAGUACUACCUAUACAUAUGCGAUUAGAGCUGCAGGAAACGAUAUUGAAAAAAUGUGCAGUGUUACACAUCAAUUCCUGGAUUGUCUAGACAAGGUAUUGGCAUCCUGUGGUACAGACAGCUCACUUGAUUCAGCAAAAGCGUACGUCAACCAAGCAAGGAAAACCAUCAACCAAAACGCGUGCGGUGCUGUGGGUCUUGUCUUUAAUCUACUGGCCAUGGCUUUUUGUCUCGCGUUUACAUACAUUUUCAAAAUUGUCCAUGAUUGAAAUAAUAUUUAGCAGGGUUUAUAAUUACAUAAUUAUCAUGCAUAAUCUGACUUCAUUGUAUGAAUUUGAUCUAUGUGUAGUCAUUUUUGUAGUCAAAAUAAAAUUUCUUAGAUGCUUUUUGCAAAACUUACGAAAAAAAUUAUUGAAAAAAAUAAUUUCAAUCAAUGAUCAA